AUGUUUGCUCUUCGAACUGCUGCUCGACCCGCUGCCCGAAGCGUGGGCGCUACCCGAAACUAUGCCACUCUUCGAGAGAUCGAGAUGCGACUCAAGUCCAUUAAGAACAUUGAGAAGAUUACCAACACCAUGAAGAUUGUUGCCUCCACCAAGCUCGGUAAGGCCCAGCGAGCCAUGGCCACCUCCAAGGUCUACAACGAGGCCUCCGAGAAGGUUUUCGAGAACUCCGAGACCGCUGUGCCUGAGAACAUCGAGAAGCGAUUGUGGGUUGUUGUCUCCUCCGAUAAGGGUCUGUGUGGUUCCAUCCACUCCCAGCUUGCCCGAACCGUUCGACGAAAGCUGCUCGACUUUGAGUCCGGCGAGAAGCUCAUUGACAUUGUUGCUGUCGGUGAGAAGAUCAAGGCCCAGCUCGGCCGAUCUAACCCCGAGCAGAUGCGUCUGUCUUUCGGUGGAACCGGUAAGGAGGCCCCCACCUUCGAGGAGGCUGCCCACAUUGCUGACGAGAUUCUUGCUCUCGACACCCAGUACGACGACAUUGAGAUUGUCUACAACAAGGUCCUGUCCGGUAUCUCUUUUGAGCCCAUCAUGAAGGAGUCCUACUCCGCCAAGGCCAUUGAGGACGCCCCCAAGUUCGGCCAGUACGAGCUCGAGGACGACGUUGUCAAGAACCUUGCCGACUUCUCUCUGGCCAACACCAUCUACGCCGCCAUGGCCGAGGGCCACGCUGCUGAGAUCUCUGCUCGACGAAACGCUAUGGACAACGCUUCCAAGAACGCUUCCGAUAUGAUCAACAAGUACUCCAUUCUGUACAACCGAACUCGACAGGCUGUCAUUACCAACGAGCUGGUCGACAUUAUUACCGGUGCCUCUUCUCUUGAGUAA